UAAAGAAUAAACACAUAACCAUAAAUCUCAAUUAAUCUCUACUUCAUCUUCUUUCUGUUUUAUGUCUUCAAAGAUUGGUAUGUCUCAAGUUAGAGAUACUCCGGUUAAGUUGUUUGGCUGGACAAUUACACCGGUUUCUCAUGAUCCACACUCUUCUUCGUCCCCUGUUCUUCCUGAUUCUUCCUCGUCUUCCUCAUCUUCUUCUCCAUCACUUCGACUACACAUGAUGAACAACCAAUCUGCUACUGACAAUACAAGUCUUAAGAUAUCAUCUAAUCUAAACAACGAGUCGAAAGAAACAUCUGAGAACAGCGAUGACCAACACAGCGAGAUUACAACAAUUACAUCGGAAGAGAAAACAACUGAACUGAAGAAACCAGACAAGAUUCUUCCGUGUCCGAGAUGCAAUAGCGCAGACACCAAAUUCUGUUACUACAACAACUACAACGUUAACCAGCCACGUCACUUCUGUAGAAAAUGUCAGAGGUAUUGGACUGCUGGAGGAUCCAUGAGGACCGUCCCAGUAGGCUCAGGUCGUCGCAAGAACAAGGGAUGGGUUUCUUCAGACCAGUACCUGCACAUCACUUCCGAGGAUACUGACAAUUACAAUAGCUCCUCAACGAAGAUUCUAAGCUUCGAGUCUUCGGACUCUUUGCUUACUGAGAACACUAAGCAUCAAUCAAGCAAUGUGAAGAAAAACGGCGAUUCUGUUUCACAAGAACUCAACAACUUCCAAGGGUUUCUUCCUCCGCAAGCAUCCCCUGCUUCGCCUCCUUGGCCUUACCAAUACCCUCCAAACCCUAGUUUCUACCACAUGCCCGUCUACUGGGGCUGUGCGGUACCGGUUUGGUCUACUCUAGGCACUUCUACAUGUCUUGGGAAAAGGACAAGAGACGAAGCUUCGCAUGAAACUGUUAAAGAGAGCAAAAAUGAUUUUGUGAGAACAAGCUUGGUUUUGGAAUCUCGAAGUAUCAAAAAUGAAACAAGUACGGCUACAAAUAACCAUGUGUGGUAUCCGGUACCGAUGACCCGCAAGAAGACAGAGCAAUUCAGUUUUUUCAUUAAUGGAGCUGAAACAAAGAGCAGCAACCAGAGAUUCGUCCCUGAAACGUAUCUUAACCUGCAAGCAAACCCUGCAGCCAUGGCAAGAUCUAUGAACUUCAGAGAGAGCAUAUAACGUUAAGGAGAUACUAAUAUAGAAUAAUUGUACGU